AUGGAUAACCCGAUGGAGAUACUGCAACUGGUCGCAUCGGGAGUUAUUGGUUAUCUCCUCGGCGCGCUGCCCUUCGCCCAAUGGGUCAGCCGCUACGUCAAGGGUGUGGACAUAUUCGCCACCGGUACCACGCUGGCGGGCACCGCCAACGUGUUCUGGAAUGUGGGCCGUCGAAGCGCUCUGCUGGUAUUCUUCUGCGAUGUGGGCAAGGGCACUGCAGCAGUGGCCGGUGCUUGGGGUUUGGGGAUCGAGGGACCCCUGACCCUGAUAGCUGCCGCAGCCGCAAUCGUAGGCCACUGGGCAUCCGUGUUUUCAUCCUUCCGCGGCGGCGAUGCAAUGACCCCCCUGAUAGGCGUGAGCUUCGCUCUGGUCCCGGAGUUGACCCUCCUGGCGGCAAUGCUGGGCGUGGCCACAGUGUUGCUGAUGCGCAACCACCAAAUGCGUUCAGCAUGGGGCAUCUGCACUGGAUUCACGUUGAUGCUGUUCUGGCGGUACUGGUGCUUUUGA